AGUAGUAAACAUAUUGUGAAAGCAAGUGGUUCGGUGUAAUUUUCAGCUGAGCUUUUCUCAACAGAGAAAUUUGAUUUUAAGAAAUAUUUCGGGAAUUUAUUCAUGAAAAUAGUAAAUUAAUCAAAGUGAUAAUUAUUUGAUACUUUUGUUAUCAAAAAAUAAAAUGAAUAAAAAUAUAAAUUUUCAAAUAUAUGUUUUUUGUGUAAAUAAAGCGUGGUGAAUGUGAAGUUAAGUAGUAAUCUUUUAAUGGACAAAUCGAAUCAUUUGCACCAAUUUAAUAAUAUUUGUGGUUUGAUUAUUUGGCAAUUUGAUGAGCUGCACAUUGUCCAGACACUCAUGAACAGGGGAUACUUCCCCCAAUAAUGCAUUAUAUGCAGUUCAAUUAAGCGUGUACAGAUUUGUACGUUAUACAUUAGAUCAAAGGACAGUGUAAAGUUCAUUCAACCGUAUUUAUUGAAUGAAUACACAACAAAACAUUCUCCUUCCUGAGCUUGUCCUAAGGAAUUCUGACUCGUAGUAAAAAAAAAUAGACAAUAUUGUGAAAAUAUUAUUAGACAGACAAUGCUCUCAACUAUUCAUCUUGUGAUUCUGUGUCUUUUAGUAGCACUAGUGAUGACUUCAUUCACUAAUCAAUUUUCUUCUGAGCACAAUAUUUGUCAUUGUUUGAGGUAUUCAGAGACUGAAGGACUCGAAUGGGGCAAUUUUGAAAUAAUGCCCCAAGAUUUGCCCAAUAACACCGAGUGCAUAAUAAUCUUUAUUGUGGCAGCGAGCAAUGAGAUAGUUGAAUUGAGAUUUCUGGAUAUUGAAUUGCGCCAAGAGUGCUUGGACGAAAUUCGGAUUUAUCCACAUCUCAAGAACACCAUUAUAACAGACACAACUCCCUAUGAAGAUGUUAUUUGCUCUCAAAAUGCAACACUUUACUUCAGCAAUAACACAACAACGGGAUUUAAGAUUAAGGACACAAAUACACUACAAUCCUCAAAAAUUUCAGACAAGAAAAGAGUAAAAUUGGUCGAAGGAAACAUUUUUCAUAUUCUUUUGCUGAAAAAGGCAAUUUUUAGCUCAGAUUCUGUUAUGGCCAUUCAAAUAUUUCAUCACAAUAUCAGUACAUUUUCCAGUGAAAACUUCUCAAUUUCCGGAAAAUUUAGAUACAUCAGCAAGGAGAUUUACCGGACAACCGGAAACUUGCUAUCUACAACAUACUGUGAUUACCAAUUUUUGCCACAUUCCACAACAUUUGUCAGGGAAAACAAAUAUGAAAAUGCAAAAUUUAGGAACUUCUAUUCACCUAGAUUUCCAGCAAAAUACCCCAGCCAUGUUAAAUGCCUCUACAAGUUCAUCGGAAGACAACAAAAUCGCGUGGAAAUCAUAUUUGACGGCAUUAUUCUUCAGAGAGAUAAUCGCAGCUGCAUCAAUCACUUGGAUAAGAUAACUGUGUACGAUAGUAAGAUACUCAACAAAUCCACAACAAUUGAUGUCUUUUGCGAUGUAAAGUGGAAUAAGAGAAUUCUAAGUACCGGACCGUUCCUUUUAAUUGAAUUUGAAACAAGUUCAAAUGACACAUCUUAUGGCUUCAGUGCUAAAUAUAGAUUUAUUGAAAUUGAAGAACGAGUGGAAAAAGUUAAUACUUUGAAAGAUAACCAAUAUUCUGUGAAGACUACUUUACCAACUAUUCUAACCACUGAAAGUCAAGUUAUUGUAAAUCAACACAGAUCACUACCAAAUGUCAAAUCUUAUGGAUCAAACUGUGAUAUGACGCUGCAGUCAUCAGUGUCUCCAAAAGGAACAAUUCAAUCACCUCAGUAUUUAGGAUCUUACUCAAGCAAAACAACCUGCCGGUAUGAAUUCCAAGGCAAGGACCAAGAGAGGGUUCAAGUGACUUUCAGUGAAUUUAAUUUCCCUCCAAGAAAAGGAAAGGACUGCGGCGAAGAAGACAUAAUUGAGGUAUAUGAACCACAAAAGGACAAUUACAAGCUCAUUGAUGUCCUCUGUGGUGGAAUAAUGCCAAAACCAAUAAUGUCAAGUGGACCUACAUUGCUGCUGGAAUUUCAAGGGACACACCUUAGUAACAGAAAUAAAGGAUUUAAGGCUGAAUACGCUUUUUUGAAGAAUUUUGGAAUAUCUACUGGAUAUCAACUGAUAGAUCAUCCCUGCUCCUUUUCUUACAACAGUACAAAUGUGAAAAGUGGAUGGUUUCAUUCUCCAAACUAUCCAGGAUCCUAUCCAAAAAAUAUUGAAUGUUAUUACUAUUUCUACGGUACUGCAAUGGAAAAAGUAGCAAUAAGAUUUACCUAUUUUGAUGUAGAAGGUGUUUUCCCAUGCAAUUUAGACUCAGCUAGUGAUUAUCUGGAGUUUUCGAACUUCGAAACAAUGGACAGGAAGUACCCUAGAUUCUGUGGUCAGAUGAAAGGCUUUACAAUAAAAUCUGAUGGGAAAUUCUUUAGAAUCCUUUUCAAAUCAAAUAAUUUGCUAGACGGAACAGGGUUUAAAGGAUUUUAUAUUUUUGAAACUGAUAAAGUAACUACGGAACUCAACAAUGAGGUAGGAUCCAGGGGUUGCGGAUCAAAAUUAAAUACUGUAAUUCUUUUGGUUUUUGUAGCUAUUCAAAUUAUUUAAUUUUUAGCAAUUGUAUUUUGCAAUUGUGACGAUGUUUCUUAAUGUUUUUUCAGAAGUGGUCCAUAUUGGACCAGUUAGUAAUACGUUUUCUAAAAAACAUAAUUAAAAACUAUACUUUUAAGAGUACAAGAAAAAUAUCAUAGGUUACGCAUAUUUUAAAUAAGAAUAAUUGUAUCUAAGUAGAUAUCUCUCUAUUAAUGUCAUAAGAAACCUAAAUUUUAAUGUCAAGAUCUAAUAUUUAGAAUACUUUAAAUUUAAAAAUCAAAAUGUUAUCGUUUACCGACAUUCAAAAACCUCUCUUAAAGCACUUCAUUUAGCGGACUUUUUGUUUUUAAUACUUUUAGUCAUGACAUAAACCUCAGCAUUUAAAAGGUUUCAAAUUCAGAAAUUAAUGUGCUUAUAAUUAUUAUUAGCAUUUGGAAACUUUUGGUAAGAUCCCUAUAAAGCAGAGAUUUGAAUUCAAAAUAAGGUUCAACAAGUUCACGUUGUUUUCUUAUUUUUAAAAGAUAAAUGGUAAACGUUUUAAAAUAUGUAAAACGUUUAACAUUCAGAAAUUAAAAUGUUUUGAUUCAAACAAGAAAAAUAAGUGCCAUUCCAAAAAUGAAAAGGGGAAACUUUCUCCUGAACAUUUUUUACUACAUGACUAUUCUCUUUUUCUGCGUAAUCAACUUUUCUUUUGCUGGUUCCUGUCGCGACUGUUUGGUGGUUUUGAAAUACGAUGAGGACCAGAGAAAACAGUCGUGACAAGACCCAAAUAAAAGAAUAGAGGAUUACGCAGAAGAACAUGUAUUAAAUCAUGUACUAAAAAAUAUUCAGGGGAAAGCCUUCAACUUUUCAUUUUUCAUUGGAACACCUCUAUAACUCUACUUUUAAAAAUUUUAACUACAACAUUAAUCACAACAUAUAACAGGUUUCACUUGUAGAAAUUAAAGUGUUUCCAAUUUUAAGAAUUCUAAAAACUCAUUGAAAGUAAAAUAUAUGAUAGAAAAUAUCCAGAGUCAUAUAAAAUUUCAUCGAUGUUUUUUAUCAAAAUUGCAAUGCAUGAAGAAAUUUAGUAAGAAAUAUUUUGAAAAUUUCUUAAUAAAAAAAAAGGAUAUGGAAAUGAUAUUAAAAAUAAAACCUGUAAUAAAACCUAUAAUAAUAUAGAGUACAGCUCAGGCUAGAAACUAUGGUAAAUAAAACAAAAAUUGUUAUACUGAUACUUUUAAAAUAAAUAAAUAAA